AUGAAACGAGCUCAAAAUUCUCAAACCAUGAGACGAUUAUUGAAGACAAUUGAGGCGGAAAAAGAAGUUGUUAAAGUAUCGAUGGUUGUGCCUUCGUUUUCUGAUAACAUAUAUUCAAUCAGCCAAAUUGAACUCUUUCGUCUUCAUCGCAACAUGACGUUGAAUGGUGUCGCAUUAAAUGGAAAAAAAUCUAAAAAUUGCAACGAUUGA